UUCAGCCCCCCCCAGACCAGCGGGAGCCUAAGCCUGGGUGCUGCCUGCUUUCCUGCCUUCAUUUCCCAUCGUGCUGAGGCGGUGGCAUGGCGGAGAAGGAUGACACCGGAGUUUGACGAAGAGGUGGUUUUUGAGAAUUCCCCACUUUAUCAAUACUUACAGGAUUUGGGACAUACAGAUUUUGAAAUAUGUUCAUCUUUGUCACCAAACCCAGAAAAAUGCCCAAUGACAGAGGGACAUCCAAAAACUCCCACCAGAGUCCUACCAAAACAAGGCAUCCUGUUAAAACUGGCAGAAACCAUCAAAAGUUGGAUAUUUUCUUCUUGGUGCAGUAAGAAGGAUGACUUACUUCACAAGUUGGAUACUGGGUUCCGACUGGACUCACUACAUACUAUCCUGCAACAGGAAGUCCUUUUACAAGAGGAUGUGGAGCUAAUUGAGCUACUUGAUCCCAGCAUCCUGUCUGCAGGGCAACCUCAACAACAGGAAAAUGGACACCUUCCAACACUCUGCUCCCUGGCAACUCCUAACGUUUGGGAUGUCUCCAUGCUCUUUGCCUUCAUUAGUUUCCUCAUUAUGCUUCCCACCUGGUGGAUUGUAUCUUCCUGGCUGGUCCGGGGAGCAAUUCUGUUUCUUUACUUGAUCAUACAAGCUUUGAAACUAUGGAGGACAGCCAAACAGCAAGUGGAGCUGAAAAAAUACAGUGUCUGUUUAGAAGAUAUGGCAGCAAAUAGCCGAGCAUUCACGAACCUUGUGAGAAAAUCUUUACGUCUCAUCCAAGAAACGGAAGUCAUCUCCAGGGGAUUCACUCUUUUGCUUGACAGGGUGAGUGCCGCUUGCUCCUUUAAUAAAGCUGCCCAGCAUCCCAGUCAGCACCUCAUCGGCCUUCGGAAAGCUGUCUACAGAACUGUAAGAGCCAACUUUCAAGCAGCAAGGCUAGCCACCCUAUACAUGCUGAAAAACCACCCCCUGAACUCUGAGAGCGACAAUGUUACCAACUACAUUUGUGUGGUGCCUUUUAAGGAACUGGGCCUUGGACUUAGUGAAGAACAGAUUUCAGAAGAGGAAGCACAUAACUUCACAGAUGGCUUCAGCCUGCCAGCCUUAAAGGUUUUGUUCCAACUCUGGGUGGCACAGAGUUCAGAGUUCUUCAGACGCUUAGCCCUGUUACUUUCUACAGCUAAUUCACCUUCAGGGCCCUUACUAACUGAAGCACUUUUGCCUCAUCGUAUUUUAUCUGAUGUGACUCAAGAUCUACCUCAUGCACAUUCUGCCUGUUUGGAAGAGCUUAAGCGUAGCUAUGAGUUCUAUCGGUACUUUGAAACUCAGCACCAGUCAGUACCCCAGCGUUUAUCCAAAGCUCCACAGAAGUCAAAAGAACUGAAUAACGUUCACACAGCAGUGCGUAGCUUGCAGCUCCAUCUGAAAGCAUUACUGAAUGAAGUAAUAAUUCUUGAGGAUGAACUUGAAAAGCUUGUUUGUGCAAAAGAAACACAAGAGCUGGUGCCAGAGGCUUAUCCAAUACUAGAACAGAAGUUAAAGCUGAUUGAGCCCCAUGUUCAAGCAAGCAACAGUUGCUGGGAAGAGGCCAUUUGUCAGGUGGACAAACUGCUGCGAAGAAGUACAAAUAAGCAAGGCAAGCCUGAAGAGGCAUGUGAAAAUCCACACUGCACUGCAGUACCUUUGAUGCGGCCUACUCUCCACAUUGCAGACAAAGAUCCCAUCCCUGAGGAACAGGAAUUAGAAGCUUAUGUAGAUGAUAUAGAUAUAGAAAGUGAUUUCAGAAAGGAUGAUUUUUAUUACUUGUCUCAAGAAGAUAAAGAGAGACAAAAACGUGAACAAGAAGAAUCCAAGAGGGUGCUGCAAGAGUUAAAAUCUGUGCUUGGAUUUAAAGCUUCAGAGGCAGAGAGGCAGAAAUGGAAGCAGCUUCUGUUUAGUGAUCACGCUAUGUUGAAAUCCUUGUCUCCUGUAGACCCAAUGGAACCCAUAAAUAAUUCAGAAACAUCCAUGAAUUCAGAUACAGGAAAAGUGGAUAAAAAUGAUACUCAAGAGGAAACUAGUAAACCCUCUGCAAAUGGGGAAGAAGUCAGUAGGGCUGAGUGUGUCUGUCAUAACCCUGGAGAGGGUGAACACAGAGACACUUAUGCACAUAAGGUCCUCCUCCAAGGAGCUGAAGAAAGGAUGUGCCACCAGUAUGAGAGCAAGGAUGAAACUCAGCUGGUGGAUGAUGGGGCCACUGCCACUCCAGCUCCCCGGGACUCUAUACAGCUCUCCAUUAAGCAGAGGUUGGCACGACUACAGUUGUCACCAGAAUUUACCUUCACUGCUGGCCUCGCAGCAGAAGUGGCUGCUAGAUCGCUCUCCUUCACCUCUAUACAGGAACAGACUUUUGGUGAUGAGGAGGAAGAACAAAUAACUGAAGGAAGUGAAAAUGAGGUAGAAGAAAAAUAAGAACCAAGAUGAAGUGAUUUUAAAUUGUUCUUUUUACAAAAGUGUUUUUAGCUUCAAGACUGGAAAGGGAAAAUGAGUGUACGUUUACUAUAUAUAAAGGCUAAGAUGUGAAUUUACAGGAAGAAUCCUGAUUUGAACAACUGAUCUGAAAUUAUAGUAGAUACCUGUAAAUGCAGAUCUUUUAGGAGUAUAAGAAAAAGGUAAGGGCUUUUCUGAAUAAACCGCUGUUUUAUUUGUGGCACAAUUGAUAAUCUUGGUAACUUGUUAAGUACUUUUAAUAAGAAAUGAAUUUACCAUUUCUUGCCAGAAUUUGCUGCCAUAAAGUGACUAGGAUAAUUCUCUUGCAAGAACACAAACAUUUAGUAUGACUCCUUUUCACUGUAUCCUUGCAGUUAGUAACUGCAGCUGUUAUGUUAAUAACAAGUUGUUUGUAUUUUAUUUUUGUUUAUACCAGUCUUAAAACAAAGAUGCAGGUUCUGAAUAAAAAUAUUUAAUUAAUACAAUUGAUGUGUUCUGGGGUUUGGAACUCAAAAGUAGUUUCAGAGGUAUUUGGGCUAUGGCAUAUUUCUUCUGUUUACUUUUUCGUAUGUGUGUUCAGUAGUUCAUUUUAAGGUGCCAUACAGAGUUUAAAAGAAAUUAUGUCAAAGCGGUAUCCCCAUAGGCAAAGGUCCCAUCUCCAACCUUGCAGAAAGGUCUUUAUAUUAGUUUACUUAGAGAUAACUAUACCACAUCCAUAGUAAGUCACAAUGCUGCUGUUUUCUACAUUGUGCUAUUAAGGAGACUCAGGAAACCUGUCAGCGUUCUUGGAAAGCAUCCUUGUCUUUUUAUUCUUAUUAUGAAUACCUCUCAAAGAGACUGCUUUCCACAUUGACCAGUCUCAUCUAUUUUGUUCUGUGAUUGUUUUCAGAGUGACAUUUUCAGGAAUAUUCUGUUUCUGAAACCUGUUGCUCCUAAGCAUUAACAGAGUAUAUAAACAUUAUUUGGGAGAAAUGUAGGAAAAUUCAAUUUAUGUUGCUGCCCCAGAAAACGAAUAAUGAAUUUCUAUAAUUUACUGUUUUCAGUGAGCACACUUACUUAUACUGAGGGUUUUUUUUAAUUAUUUUUCAUCCUAAGAAAAUCUUCUACUUUAUAUGAAUAGACUUUGUACCAUAAGUGACUUUUUUUUUUUUUUUUUUUGCCUUUUGCCAGAUUAUGGCACUUACAGAAUUAACAUGUUAGGAGCAAUACCUUGGGUUGUACAUAGUUAGAAAAAAGCUAAAUGUCAAGGAAACAGAAAUUUCUUAUAUUAUAACUGACUUUUACAUGCUGAAAUUAUAAUAUUUAGGGUUUUACUUCUUUAAAUUAGUUUGGCAACCCUACUUUUCCUUAGAUUUAGAAGCAGUUAGAAAAAUUUUGCCCAACCAACACAGGAAAGAUUGGAGUUUAAUCAUUUCAAAUUAUUUUAUUGUAUUUUGUUUCAAGAAUACCAAUUUGUCAGAAAUUUGUUCCUAAUAGUUUCAAUUUUAUAUAGUGCUAUCUGAGUAGAUACUUUUCAAUUCUGAAAUACUAACCUUAAUCAGGAAUUCCCAGUCUUCCCAUCUGGUCUGUUUUAUCUACUCUUAUGUAAUGU